UCAGUUGCGGAAUUAUCUUCGAAGUUCAAUUUCUAAAAUGAGGCGUCUGCUGGUGCUUGUCCUAACAUUGGCUUUGCUGACUGGCAGUGCCUUUGGCUCCCUUGCAUUUUGGAGAAGUUUGCUUGGAGGAGGCUCUGUUGGAUACGGUUCAGCAGGAUCUUCUGCGAGCAGUGAAGCCAAUUCCGUUACUAUAAAUAGGGGAGUUGGCUUAGGCGCUGGCUUAGGCGGUGGCUUAGGCGGUGGCUUAGGCGGUGGAGCAUCAUAUUGCUGUGGUAUUCCCCGAAAACAAGUGCAGUUUGGGAUUGGCUACUCACAUUAACUUCCCGAAUUUGUCUCCAGAAACUCCAAAAGUUAAUUUGAGCUGUGGAUAGAUA